UGUUGACUUGUUGAGCAAGUGCGAGACUGUGAAGACUGAAGAUGUCGUUCACUUGUGGACUGAUUUCGGCAGCAGCCCCGGAUAUACCAGUAAUGAGUUUCUCUCGAAGCAUCUCUAAUGCUGCAUAUUUAAGGAAUGGGAAACGUAAUUUUGGUACCCGGAGGCGUUUCUGCUGUAAAUCUCAACUGGGUGUGGCUGUAGCAGAGCUCGCUCCUAUCACCUCAGCCUCAUAUGGGGUCCUGCUUUUGGGGGGCGGUCUCUUUGCCUUCGCAAAAUCAGGGAGCAAGGGUUCCCUUUUUGGAGGAUUAACGGGGGCUGCUCUCAUGGCAUCAGCUUAUUUUCUUAUGCAAUCACCAGAGACAAAAGCAAUAGGUGAUGCCCUUGGGUUUGGAUCUGCCUUCCUCUUUGCUUCUGUAUUUGGUAUACGAUUGGCAGCUAGUCGAAAACUAAUUCCUGCCGGACUUUUGCUUGGUCUUUCCAUCUGUUCAUUGGCUGUGUUUAUCAUUGCUUAUCUGCAAGAUAGGAUAUAACCGUCUACAUUUGGUGACAGUAUUGCUGCAAAUUUGAAUUACUUUAUGUUAAUGUUGGUAGUUGUGACAGUGAUUUAUUUGUCCUUAGUAUAUAACCGAACUAGAAACUGACCUUCUCAACUUCAUCACUUGCCUGUUGGAGUAUUCUUUUCCGCAAUUUUAAUGUAAGUUUAAUCACGGUAGGUUGGGCAAUUUA